AUGACCGAGUCUCCAGGGACAGUGACUUCUAGGACAAAGAUUGGGCCACUGGCUGAUGGUCCAGUUCUCUUAGGAGUAAAGGAGGUGUUAAAAAGUUUGAAGGAUGCUGUGCAGCCAGAGUGCUAUUUGCAUUUCCAAGAGCAACAAAAAAUGAAUAAGUCUUUGGGGUUAGUGUCUUUUGAGGAUGUUGCUGUGGACUUCACAUGGGAGGAGUGGCAGGACCUUGAUGAUGGUCAGAGGACUUUGUACAGGAGUGUGAUGCUGGAGACCUACAGCAACCUGGUGUCAUUGGGGUACUGCAUUACCAAACCUGAAGUGAUCUUCAAGUUGGAGCAAGAAGCAGAACAAUGGACAAUAGACUCCCAAAACCAGAGUCUACAAGAUGUUCAGAUAGUCGAAGUUCUAAUUACAAAAAGCCAAGAACGUCAUGAUACAUAUUUGCAGGAUGUUGUAAUUACCAACAGCAAUACAUCAACUGAGGAGAGAGUUGAAAUAGAACAAGCAUUUCAUUUGAGCUCAAACCAUAUUUCAAGUUCAAUUAUAAAUAAUGAAAAGUAUUUAGGACUGAGGUGCAAAGAGUUCAAUGUAUGUCAGAAUGUACAUCCUCCUAGAGAGGCUGAUUGGAUGCAUGCUGGAGAGAAAUCUGAUGAGGCUAAUAUAACUGGAAAAUUGUGGAGACAUUGUGAGUAUCUUAAUCAGCAUUCCAAGAUUCAUGUUCAGCAGCAGGCUUUUGAAUAUAGUGGACAAUGGAAAUCCUUCAACACAAAGCCAAUACUAUUGGAACAGAAGAAAGCGUAUAUAGGAGAGAUGUCCUGUAAAUUUGAGUAUGGGAAAGUCUUUCAUAAGUCAGCUGUUCUUGCCCAAGAGAUAAUUCCAGUAUCAGAGAAAGCUUUUCAGUUUGACAUAUGUUGGAGAAAGUUCUGUGAAAAUUAUGAACUCACUGAACAGCAGAAAAUACACACAGAAGAGAAACCCUAUAAAUAUAGUGAAUGUGAUAAAUCAUUCAUGAAGAAAUUACCCCUUACAAUCCAUAAGAGAACACAUACAGGGGAGAAGCUAUAUGUGUGUAAUGAAUGUGGGAAAACCUUUCACAGUUCCUCAAACCUCAGCAAGCAUCGGAGAGUUCACACAGGUGAGAAUCCAUAUGAAUGUAGUCAAUGUGGAAAAACCUUUCACAGGAAGUCACACCUCAGCAGGCAUCAGAGAAUUCACACAGGUGAGAAACCAUAUCAGUGUAGUGAAUGUGGAAAAACCUUUUAUGAGAAGUCACUCCUCAGUGAGCAUCAGAGAACUCACACUGGUGAGAAACCAUAUGAAUGUAGUGCAUGUGGAAAAACCUUUCAUGGGAAGUCACACCUCAGCAGGCAUCAGAGAAUUCACACAGGUGAGAAACCAUAUCAGUGUAGUGAAUGUGGAAAAACCUUUCACAGGAAGUCACUCCUCAGUGAGCAUCAGAGAAUUCACACAGGCGAGAAACCAUAUGAAUGUAGUGCAUGUGGAAAAACCUUUCACAGGAAGUCACACCUCAGUGUGCAUCAGAGAAUUCACACAGGUGAGAAACCAUAUGAAUGUAGUGAAUGUGGAGAAACCUUUCACAGGAAGUUACACUUCAGCAGGCAUCAGAGAAUUCACACAGGCGAGAAACCAUAUGAAUGUAGUGAAUGUGGAAAAACCUUUCACAGGAAGUCACUCCUCAGUGUGCAUCAGAGAAUUCACACUGGUGAGAAACCAUAUGAAUGUAGUCAAUGUGGAAAAACCUUUCACAGGAAGUCACUCCUCAGUGUGCAUCAGAGAAUUCACACAGGUGAGAAACCAUAUGAAUGUACUGCAUGUGGUAAAACCUUUCACAGGAACUCAGGCCUCAGCAGGCAUCAGAGAAUUCACACAGGUGAGAAACCAUAUGAAUGUAGUCAAUGUGGAAAAACCUUUCACAGGAAGUCACUCCUCAGUGAGCAUCAGAGAAUUCACACAGGUGAGAAACCAUAUCAGUGUAGUGCAUGUGGAAAAACCUUUCACAGGAAGUCAGUCCUCAGCAGGCAUCAGAGAAUUCACACAGGUGAGAAACCAUAUCAGUGUAGUGAAUGUGGAAAAACCUUUUAUGAGAAGUCAGAUCUCCGCAAGCAUCAGAGAAUUCACACAGGUGAAAAACCAUAUGAAUGUAGUGCAUGUGGAAAAACCUUUCAUGGGAAGUCACACCUCAGCAGGCAUCAGAGAAUUCACACAGGUGAGAAACCAUAUCAGUGUAGUGAAUGUGGAAAAACCUUUCACAGGAAGUCACUCCUCAGUGAGCAUCAGAGAAUUCACACAGGCGAGAAACCAUAUGAAUGUAUGAAUGUGGAGAAACUUUUCACAGGAAGUUACACUUCAGCAGGCAUCAGAGAAUUCACAUAGGUGAGAAACCAUAUAAAUGUAGUGAAUGUGGAAAAACCUUUCACAGGAAGUCACUCCUCAGUGUGCAUCAGAGAAUUCACACUGGUGAGAAACCAUAUGAAUGUAGUCAAUGUGGAAAAACCUUUCACAGGAACCUUUCACAGGAAGUCAGUCCUCAGCAGGCAUCAGAGAAUUCACACAGGUGAGAAACCAUAUCAGUGUAGUGAAUGUGGAAAAACCUUUUAUGAGAAGUCAGAUCUCCGCAAGCAUCAGAGAAUUCACACAGGUGAAAAACCAUAUGAAUGUAAAGAAUGUAGAAAAACUUACUCCAGUAAAUCAUGCCUCAUUGUACAUCAGAGAACUCACACAGGUGAGAAACCAUAUCAGUGUAGUGAAUGUGGAAAAACCUUUUAUGAGAAGUCAGAUCUCCGCAAGCAUCAGAGAAUUCACACAGGUGAAAAACCAUAUGAAUGUAAAGAAUGUAGAAAAACUUACUCCAGUAAAUCAUGCCUCAUUGUACAUCAGAGAACUCACACAGGUGAGAAACCAUAUGAGUGUAGUCAAUGUGGGAAAACCUUUUGUCAGAAGUCACACCUAAGCAGACAUCAGAGAACUCACAUAAGGGAGAAAUACUGCAUGGCAAAGACUAGCUAA